CAAAUGCUGGGCUGGAUCCAUCUCGGUGUAGUCAUGGCCAGUAUAGACGUCUUAACAAAAAGGUUUCAGACACAUGGAAUGAUGUACAGUCAAGAUUUACGUGAGAAAACCUUUGCAGACUGGCCCUUUCGAGAGGAUUGUAACUGCACGCCUGAAAAGAUGGCCAAGGCUGGCUUUGUGUACUGUCCCAGUGAGAAUGAGCCUGAUGUUGUCUGCUGUUUCUUCUGUCUGAUCGAACUGGAAGGAUGGGAGCCCGAUGACGAACCCUGGAAUGAACACCUAAAACGCUCACCUACUUGUGGAUUCCUCACCAUGAAGAAAGACUUUAUCCACCUGACUGUGCCUGAAUUUUAUCAUGUUGAGAAGGAGCGAUUAAAGGUUUUUGUUAAAAAAGUUUGUCAUAAGAGGAUGGCAUGUCUUCGGGAUGAGACCGAGAAGGUCCUUGAGCCAUCUCUUGCAUCCCUUUUCAAAACUUGACCCUGGACAGAUGGCGUCAAGUCCCUCCCCUCCAGUACCAACUGUUGCCUCAGUAACAUCUGUUACAAAUAGAGGGACAGUGUGGACUGAGAGGGUCCGUCACAACACUCCCAACCAUUUGGAGCACUGAGGAAC